GAGCAUGAGCGGCGCAGGGGCCCAGCCGCAGCCGCCCCCCGGACCCGGGUCGAGCCCUGCUGGGCCCGGGGGGGAUUCUGAACCGGAGCCGCCUCCGUCGAUGAUAAGCGUCGACUUGCCCGGUCUGGUGUCGCAGUUCGCGCGGAGCUUCGCGCUGGUUUUCCCCGUCUACGUGCUGGGCUACCUGGGGCUGAGCUUCAGCUGGGUGCUCAUCGCCUUGCUCUGCCUGUUCUGGGUGCGAAGGCACCGAGGCGGAAAGAGCUCCCGCCUGGGCCGGGCGCUCGCCUUCCUGCAGGACGAGGAGCGGGCCGUGAGGCUCACCGUCUCCACCGGCGACCUGCCCGCAUGGGUCCACUUUCCAGAUACAGAGAGAGCAGAAUGGCUGAAUAAGACUGUAAAACACAUGUGGCCUUUCAUUUGCCAGUUUAUUGAGAAACUUUUCCGGGAAACAAUAGAACCAGCAGUGAGAGGAGCAAAUAGCCACCUGAGCACUUUCAGUUUCACAAAAAUUGAUAUGGGACAUCAGCCCCUUAGGAUUAAUGGUGUUAAAGUGUAUACUGAAAAUGUGGAUAAAAGGCAGAUCAUUUUGGAUCUUCAAAUCAGUUUUGUUGGCAAUUGUGAAAUUGACUUGGAGAUCAAGAGAUACUUCUGUAGAGCUGGUGUGAAGAGUAUACAGAUUCAUGGUACAAUGAGAGUUAUAUUGGAACCGCUGCUUGGAGACAUGCCCUUAAUUGGAGCACUGUCGUUAUUUUUUCUUAGGAAACCGCUUUUGGAAAUUAACUGGACAGGACUGACAAAUCUUCUGGAUAUUCCAGGACUGAACGGUUUAUCAGAUACUAUAAUACUAGAUAUAAUAUCCAAUUACCUGGUGCUUCCAAAUCGGAUCACUGUUCCUCUUGUCAGUGAAGUGCAGAUUGCUCAGUUGCGGUUCCCUAUACCAAAGGGUGUGCUAAGGAUACACUUCAUUGAAGCUCAGGAUCUUGAGGGAAAAGAUACUUACCUAAAGGGACUUGUUAAGGGAAAGUCUGAUCCUUAUGGAAUCAUUCGUGUGGGUAAUCAAAUUUUCCAAACUAAAGUCAUCAAAGAAAAUCUCAAUCCAAAAUGGAAUGAAGUUUAUGAGGCCUUAGUGUAUGAGCACCCAGGACAGGAGUUGGAGAUUGAGCUCUUUGAUGAAGAUCCAGACAAGGAUGACUUUUUGGGAAGUCUAAUGAUAGACCUAACUGAGGUUGAAAAGGUGCGCUACUUAGAUGAGUGGUUUCCUUUGGAUGAAGUCUCCAAAGGAAAAUUACAUUUAAAACUCGAAUGGCUCACAUUGAUGCCUACUGCAGAAAACCUUGACCAGGUGCUAAAAAGCAUUAGAGCUGAUAAAGACCAAGCCAAUGAUGGGCUUUCAUCAGCAUUGCUUAUUCUCUAUUUGGAUUCAGCAAGAAAUCUGCCAAGUAUCUACGAGGGAAACUUUGGGUGUGGAUACUUAAAAGAGAGGAGAGCAUCGGGACUAGUCUUUUGUGAAAAUACUACCUCACUCUAUAGAGCACUAUUUCAUAAUCCCCUAGAUUAUAAUCCAGACGCCUUGAAGAAGUCUGCUGUUCAGAAAGCCCUAAAGUCAGGAAAGAAAUUGAACAGCAACCCCAACCCCCUUGUCUUACUGACACUCGGACAUAAGGCACAAGAAAGUAAGAUUCGCUACAAGACCAAUGAACCAGUGUGGGAAGAAAAUUUCACUUUCUUUGUUCACAAUCCUAGACGGCAAGAACUAGAAGUUGAGGUCAAGGAUGAACAACACCAGUGUUCCUUGGGAAAUUUUAAGCUUCCUCUUAGCCAACUUCUUGCAAGUGAAGAUCUAACUAUGCAUCAGAGAUUUCAUCUUAGCAAUUCUGGUCCAAACAGCACUGUAAACAUGAAGAUUGCUCUCAGGAUCCUUUCUCUUGAAAUGCAAGAGAGGUCACCAGACCACCAACAUUCGGCCCAAGUGAAGAGGCCCUCUGUUUCCAAAGAUGCAAGAAAAGGUUCUUUCAAGCCUCAGGUUCCCAUUUCUCCAGCAGUUGACUUGAACAAGCCCCCUGCUUCCACAGCAACAGACACUGAUAAAAAGACUGAUGUGGUUGAAAAAAGCCACCCCUCAAAUCCUAGUCCUCAAUGGCCAACGGAUCUCAGCAGAAGUUCCUCCAGUCUUCUUGCCUCCAACUUGAGCUAUUCACCCAGCCACCUAUCUGUCAAAGAACCUACUCCGAGUAUUGCUUCGGACAUAUCGCUACCCAUUGCCACGCAGGAGCUGCGGCAGCGACUGAGACAACUUGAAAAUGGCACAACGUUAGGACAGUCUCCUCUGGGGCAGAUUCAGUUAACAAUUCGUCACAGCUCACAAAGAAACAAACUUAUGGUUGUGGUUCACACAUGUAGAAAUCUAAUCGCCUUUUCAGAGGAAGGAUCUGACCCCUAUGUUCGAAUGUAUUUAUUGCCCGACAAGAGGAGAUCAGGAAGAAGAAAAACAAGUGUUUCAAAGAAGAAUUUAAAUCCAGUGUUUGAUCAGGCCUUUGAUUUCAGUGUUUCAUUAACUGACCUGAAGAGGAGAACACUAGAUGUAGCAGUGAAGAACAGUGGUGGUUUCUUGUCCAAAGACAAAGGGCUGCUUGGUAAGGUAUUGAUACCACUGGCUUCUGAAGAACUUUCCAAAAAUUGUACCCAGUGGUAUGACUUGACAGAAGAUGGUACAAGACCACACGGUGCACCUUAGGCUGCUUCGGAUGCCAGAAGUUCCUGUUAGCAGACAUUUGCCAACCUUUAUAUAUUUUAUCAGCAUUGUUCACAAAGACGCACCAAUAUUAUUUUUUAUAACUCUUAGUUCAUAGGCCCACCCCCACUUCUCAACCGUUUUAUAACACCUGGACAUUUUAUGUAGGCUUAAGUCAGUUUAAUUGUAGACCUCCUUUUCUUCAUUUGUUACAGCUAUUUUAAUGUGCAAUAGGGUUUCUAGAGUAACCAUUUGUUUAAAUGGAACCUUUUAUGGCGUUUGUACCCUUGAGAAAAGUGAGAAGACCUUUAUCUGUUUUUCCUACCUUGUUUCGUAUCUCACCAAGGUGUCUGCCAUGUAAAUAGAUACUAUUUUUUUAAAAUGAAUUUUCCUUUGGUUUGAAGGCAGAAGAAAAUGUCAAAGCAAAUGGACAUUUUCUUUUAAACGCAUGCUGUAAAAUCUUAAGGCAGUGUUUUGGGAAUGGGUUUAGCAGCAAAAUGGUCUUAAUCUUACUAAUAUUAUGGAUUUCUUCUUUUAAAAAAAAAGUUUGGGAAGAAUUAUUGUAAUGGUUAGCCCACAUAUUUCUGGCCUUAAAGGCUUGCAAAAGAGGAGAGUACAAAAUAUUAACUUUUUAAUAUUUAUAUAGAAAUGUAUUCUUGGAAUUUCAUUCAGAUAAUGCAUAUAAUUCACAAAUUCAUUCAGAUAUUACAAAGAAAAGUAUAUAUAAAUGCUGUAUAAAUAAGAUUAUCAAGGUCUUGAAAUCACAGUAUAUUCAUCUGGGGUCUCCUAUGAUGUGAAAGUGAAGGGUUCGGUAGCACAAUGUUUUUUAAUGCACUUUGCAGCCAUUGCUUCCUGUUAGUUUAUUUGCCCCACCCAUCGUCCUAGGAAAGUGUCUAUGCAACAGUACGGUUAAGGUGCAUUAUGGAUUAGGGUUUGAUAACCACCUGGAUGAUCUAACAUUUCUGGUGGUGUCACAUUGAUUGCUACAGAUAUGAAACUCUUUCACUGGGUCGUUAAUAUAUUUUUUCUAUUGAUAUCAUAAAAUGCCAGCAGGUCUGUCGUUGCUAAAUUGAAACUCAAGUUACAGAAAGUUCCAAACCUAGAUUUCUGGCUAACACUUUCCGCAGUUGCUUCAGUGCUGCCCAUGGCAGCGCUUGGAGCAGUUAUCUCUGUUUUGAGUCUGACCCACGUGAAAUAGCCACAUUCCAGUUAAACACUACUGCAUUCUGCUUCAAAGACCAUCACCAAUGUUAAUUCAUUCAGGGCACAAUUCUGUGCAUGUUUAGACAGAAGAAAACUCCUACAACUCCCAGUGUUCUUCAGAGAGCCUGCAGGGCUGGCUGGGGAAUGCUGGGAAUUGUACGAUUCCCCCCCGACCCCAGUCUAAACAUACAUAAGAUUGCGCUCUCAUACAUCACCAGUAAAGAGCCCAUCACAAGCCGUUGACAGGACAGAGUGUUUCUUCAGAAGUUCUGCUAAACCAACAUUUGAAUCUGGAAUGCGUCACUUCUGAAUGAUGAUAAUGCUGUAAAGAAAAUAAAAGAGCCAUUUAAAAUCAAAUGUAUUUUCUAAUCAGUUUAGCCUUUUCAUCUGAUUUUUACAGGCCCAGGAAAUGCAAGAGCAGUUUGCAAAAAUGGACUUGAUUAUGAUUUGAGAGUGAACUUUUCGCUUCAUUUUAUUCAUUGUUGCUUUCAGAACAGAAUCAGUGGAGCAUUAUACCUAUUCAUUUUUCAAAAAACCCUUUCUCAGACGGUUUUAACAAAAAUGUACAUUUUUGUGUUUUAAUCUAGCACAAUGCAGUUCCUCUGCUGUCAGUAGCUGCACAGUCUUGGGUAAAUAUGCAGUUGCUUUUUUAAAAAACAACCCAGAAUCAAACAACAAAUUGUCAUAAUUUGGAUGGUCUUCGGAUGGCUACAAAAUAACUUUUAAGGGUGAAUAAACUUCUGGAAUAUUAGCUUUAUAAUGAAACUUACAGAACCUUAAUUCUAGCUUAGCCCAUUGGUAUAAACUUGCAGGAACUUUCCUGCACAAGCACCAUUCAGUUGAGCUUGCACAGCAGAUGUUCCUUAUUGUGCCCUUUAAGUACGCUACUAAGAAUACCAAAGUGCCUGUCAUAAUCAUAGCAGACUGUUCAUACCAAGUUUAAAAACAUUCAUUUUUAUUUGUCAAUCUGUAGUUCAACAUGACACACACAUAUAUGUGUACACAUUGGCAUCCAUAAUGUUUUAUUUUGCAUAGGCUUUGCUAGGCAGCAUCAUGCAGAUAUUUGGCUGUGUUUAGAACAGCAUGAUUGAGCUCUGUGAAAAAGAGCAUACCAUAAACUUAGACUAACGUGAUUUCCCACUUCUUUUUAAAUGACACAUCCACUGUAGGACCAUCAUUAGAGAGUUCUAACAAGGGGGAACCUGUAAUAGGAAGAGAGAAGAGCCAUAAGCUAUAGUUAUGAUGAGCCCUUACAAAAAACAUGAAAAAAUGAAGAUGCAGAAAAUGUGAAUAAAAGGCUUAAUGAAGAAAAUCAGUAGUCUAUCUAACCCAAUAUUCUAUUCUGGCUGAAAGUCACAUCAUUGUACAGUGGUGUUUUUUAUGCUGCGAUUCCUAAAUGAUGAUUUAAUUUCUGCUAAUGAGAGAGCCUUGGCAAAUGGGCGUGGCCAAAACACCAGCAUGUGUGUGUGUUUGAGGAAAAAAAUAGAAAAAAAUGGGUUUGGGUCAGAGGUUGUGCUUUAUUUAUUCACCAUUCCUGCCAAGGCAGGGGUGUCCAAAAAAUAAAACAUGAUUCUCUGGAGUUCACUGAAUAUGAAAUCUGGAAACUGCUUCUUCAUGUAUCUGUAGGGUCUUCGGCAUCAGAGUUUUGGGGGUAGAAAUGUUUUAGGGGUAAUGUGAACAGCUUUCAGCUCAUUGUUGAAGUACAAAUCCACUUCCUCCUGGUACUUCAGCAGUUCCAGUGUGCUUUCCAACAUGCACAGGUUUCCUGUAUGGAGAAAUAACAUUUUAUGGAAGUAUUGUCAUGUUAAAUAAUUGGUGCAAAAAGGGAUUUGAUGUAAUGUUAAAAGGUCUCGGGAGGUCCUCAAAGGAAGAGAUGGAGAACUCUUGAAAAUCUGGACCAAAAUCAGGGCAAAUAUUACAUACAAAAAUCUUUCUGCCUUUGAAAGUUAGAAGCUGCAUGCAUGAAUCUAUUCUACCCACAAUUUUGUGGGUGGUUCAUAGAAGAAUGAUGAGGAAGCAUGGAGUUUCCAUUAGCAAACCAAGAACUGAAUGUCAUUGGUCUAGCUUUCCGUGUGUUUUUUUAAUCUUGUGCCUUAAAGGAAAGCUUAAAUAGUUUAUGUGUUUAAACCCAAGCUUUGCUCUCUGUAUUUAACCAGUCUUUCCAUUUUGUGCUAUUGAAACUGUUCAAUGCAGUGUUUUGCUGGUGAGGAAAGCAGCUACUGUAAUCCAAGCACUAAGUCAAUGUGUUGCCCAGGUUUUGGAUUUAAGAUUAGUUUUGUUUGAACCCUCUCUUUAUCAGACCUGCAGCAACUGGUGAAAGGAGAAGAAAGGGUGGUCUGUUUAGUACAGAUUGCCUUUUUUGCUCAUGUAAUUUUGCAAUUGCAUGUAUUUAUUCAAUAAAUGAUUCAUAUGGAAGUUA